GAAUCAAUUUAUGCUUAGCGUUCACCGCCUUAUGCACUCGUAGGAAUUCCAGCCGGAAGAUAAAGACGAAUAAAUUUGACUCUGAUGAUGAUGAGCCCAUCGCGAAGAAAGGCAAUGCCAAUAAGAAUGCUACGCCGCCAGCACAGCCCGAACCGGGGCAGGGUCAGCCUAGUUCGGGUGCGUUUGCUGCGCUAGAAAAAUUUUUAAUUGAUGAUCCAUGUCCGCGUAAGGUGAAAAUUCUUCUAAUGGAUAAAAUGGAAAAGGAAGAGGUUUUGAGUUCAUUCUCCAAGUACAAAUGCGACCUCGAUAACUUCUUCAAGGAGCAUCGCAUAUCAAGAACUGAUAACUUUAUGAGCAUACAGCAUGUGCACAUCAUAGACAUAGUCAAACGAAACAUUUCAGAGGCUAUGCUCGCGAGACUGGGGAAAGUGUAUGGCACCAACACAGCAUAUGCAUCGCUGGUGAUCAACGCUCUCCUGCCUUUGUGGAUUGCACGUCUCUUUAUGGACACAUUCAACUUUGGUACUGCUGAGGAGGCAGUGCGCCAGAUUAAGGACCAAUUGGCGUACAGCACAUACCUGAAUGCCCUAAAUAACGAGCCCUUAGAGUCCGAUUUGGAGAUGUGGUGACUGUUUCGGUUCAUUCGGUUUCAUCAAAAUAAACCAUUAUAUAGUUCAA